GGUGUUGUGACGUCAUAAAGCUGCGCCGCGGUCCUGCAUCUGUUGUGAUUCGGCUGAAGAAAGGACAAAGUGUCCACAUGCACAGAAAAACUCCUGUUUAAGAAGCUGAGAUCCACGUGACAUGCGUAUAUAAAGAUGGAGUUUAUUAAAGAGGAGAGUGAAGACAUGAAGAUUGAAGAAACAUUCAGAGUCAAACAAGAAGAUACUGAGACACAAACAAAGAUGGUGUAUAUUAAAGAGGAGAAUGAAGACAUGAAGAGUGAAGAAGCGUUCAGAGUCAAACAUGAAGAUACUGAGGAACAAACAAAGAUGGCAUUUAUUAAAGAGGAGAGUGAAGACAUGAAGAUUGAAGAAGCAUUCAGAGUCAAACAAGAAGAUACUGAGACACAAACAAAGAUGGUGUUUAUUAAAGAGGAGAAUGAAGACAUGAAGAGUGAAGAAGCGUUCAGAGUCAAACAUGAAGAUACUGAGGAACAAACAGACCUGAUGGCACUGAAAGAGGAGAGGGAAGUACUGAAUGAAACUGAAGAGAAAGAUCAGUAUGAGAAUCAAAAUGGAAACCUUGACAUCCACAGCCUUUUUACCUGCCAACAGUGUGGAAACAGUUUCACUUAUAAAGGAAGCCUUAAGACGCACAUGAGAGUUCACACUGGAGAGAAGCCUUACACAUGCUCUCAUUGUGGAAAGAGUUUCAGGUUUCAUGGAAACCUUAAAGUCCACAUGAGAGUUCACACUGGAGAUAAGCCUUACACAUGCUAUCGGUGUAGAAAAAGUUUCAAUCAACAAGGAAGCUUUAAAAGGCACAUGAGAAUUCACAAUAGAGAGAAGCCUAACAGAUCUGCUCGGUGUGGAAAGAGUUUCAAUCAAAAAGGAAACCUUGACGUCCACUUGAGAAUUCACACUAUGGAGGGGCUUUUUCCCUGCCAACAGUGUGGAAAGAGUUUCACUCAUAAAGGAAGCCUUAACAGGCACAUGACAGUUCACACUGGAGAGAAACCUUUCACAUGCUAUCAGUGUGGAAAGAGUUUCAGUCAUCCUGGAAACCUUAAAAUCCACAUGAAUAUUCACACUGGAGAGAAAUCUUUCACCUGCAAACAGUGUGGAAAAAGUUUUAACAAAAAAGGAAACCUUAAUUACCACAUUAGAGUUCACACUGGAAAGAAGCCCUUCAUCUGCCCUCUGUGUAGAAAAUUUUUCAAGCGAAAACGAAACCUUAAAGUUCACAUGAAAAUUCACACUGAAGAGAAGCUUUACACAUGCCCUCGGUGUGGAAAGAGUUUCAGGCAAAAACGAUACCUUGAAGCCCACAUGAGAAGAAUUCACACUGGAGAGAAACUUCAACUGAAAAGGUAAUCUUAAGUACCACAUGAAGAUUUACUCAAGAGGGACCUGUUUGAAUGUCAUCAGUGUGGAAUGAGUUUUACAGACAAGAAAAACCUAGGAAUCAUUCCGGGACAUCGUAGAGAAGCCUGUCAUGUGCCAUCACUGUGGAAAGACUUCCAGAAACAAAGCAAAUCUUGAGUUUCACAUAAGCUGGAUGAUGCAUACCAUCUUCCGUAGAGCUGCUUUACAGCUGAAUCCCAUCGUGCAACACUGACAUUGGUACCUAACUGAUUUCAGUCAACUCUUAACUGGUUCUAAUUGAAUAACUA